CGUGACAGGGACUCCCGGAGCCGGAUGUGUGCGAGCGUGAUGGAAAAUGGGGCGGUGCCGCGCUGGGAGAGAUGGAGCCCCUUGGCGGGGAGAAGUGGAUCAGGAGGAGCCGGCACCGUGGAUGGCGUGGCAGGUGAGCGUGCCCGAGCUGGAGGACCGCCUUCAGUGCCCUAUCUGCCUGGAGGUCUUCAAGGAGCCCAUGAUGCUGCAGUGCGGCCACUCCUACUGCAAGGGCUGCCUGGUGAACCUGUCCCACCACCUGGACUCGGAGCUCCGCUGCCCAGUGUGCCGGCAGGAGGUGGAUAGCAGCAGCUCCCCGCCCAACGUCUCUCUGGCGCGGGUGAUCGAAGCUCUACAGCUCCCCGGGGACCCGGAGCCCAAGGUCUGCCAGCACCACCGGAACCCGCUCAGCCUCUUCUGUGAGAGGGACCAGGAGCUCAUCUGCGGCCUCUGCGGCCUGCUGGGCUCCCACCAGCACCACCGCGUCACGCCUGUCUCCACCGUCUACAGCCGCAUGAAGGAGGAGCUAGCGGCUCUCAUCUCUGACCUGAAGCAGGAGCAGAAGAAGGUGGAUGAGCAUAUUGCCAAGCUGGUGAACAACAGGACCCGGAUUGUUAAUGAAUCUGACGUCUUCAGCUGGGUGAUCCGUCGCGAGUUCCAGGAGCUGCACCACCUGGUGGAUGAGGAGAAGGCCCGUUGCCUGGAGGGGUUGGAGGGUCAUACCCGUGGCCUUGUGGCCUCCCUGGACAUGCAGCUGGAGCAGGCCAAGGGCACUCAGGAGCGGCUGGGCCAGGCUGAACGUGUGCUCGAGCAGUUCAGUAAUGAGAGUCACUAUGAGUUCAUCCGGAAGUAUCACUCCACGGCCUCCAGAGCAGAGCUCCAGCAGGCCCGGCCUCUGGAAGGCGCCUUCAGCCCCAUCUCUUUCAAGCCGGGCCUCCACCAGGCUGACAUCAAGCUGACUGUGUGGAAAAGGCUCUUCCGAAAAGUUCUGCCAGCCCCGGAGUCCCUCAAGCUGGACCCCGCCACCGCCCACCCACUCCUGGAACUCUCCAAGGGCAACACGGUGGUGCAGUGUGGGCUCCUGGCCCAGCGGCGAGCCAGCCAGCCAGAGCGCUUUGACUACAGUACUUGUGUCCUGGCCAGCCGGGGCUUCUCCUGCGGCCGUCACUACUGGGAGGUGGUGGUGGGCAGCAAGAGCGACUGGCGCCUGGGGGUCAUCAAGGGCACGGCCAGUCGCAAGGGCAGGCUGAGCAAGUCCCCGGAGAAUGGCGUGUGGCUCAUUGGCCUGAAGGAGGGCCGGGUGUACGAGGCCUUCGGCUGCCCUCGGGUGCCCCUGCCUGUGGCCGGCCACCCCCACCGCAUUGGCGUCUACUUGCACUACGAGCGUGGCGAGCUCACCUUCUUUGAUGCUGACCGGCCCGAUGACCUGCGGCCGCUCUACACGUUCCAGGCUGACUUCCAGGGCAAGCUCUACCCCAUCCUGGACACAUGCUGGCACGAGAAGGGCGGCAACGCGCUGCCUCUGGUGCUGCCCCCGCCCAGCGGGCCUGCCCACCUCACCCCCACGCAGCCCACCAAGCUGUAGGGCUGCCGGUCGGUCUGCCUGCCCGAGGGCUCUUCCCAGCCGGGGCUCUGCUGGGUCCAGUGUGCAGAGAUGACGUUCUUUACCGUGUGGGAAGGUCUUCACGCCUGUGUGUUCCUAGAAACGUUUAAUGAUAGGAAGAAAAGGACCAUAAUCUCUUCCCCUACAGCCAGGGGCCUAUUGAUUCACCUUUUGCCGGGUUAUUCACCUCCUCAUAAACCAGCAGAACCAGGCCUGGGUGUCCACGGGUUAAGAUAGGCUUCCCUUGGUCCCUCCUAAGCCCACUUUCUGCUUCCUCUUUUAACUGAAGCUGGAAACAUUCCCGCACGUGAUUUCUCCAUGUCAUUGUGAACUUAAGGAUAAUAAAUUUGAUAUCGUCUUUCUCUUUA